AUUAUAUGGCUUUUAAUUUCCAGUUAUCAAAAUUUAGCUCUAUAUAAAAGGUCCAGCCAAGCACAAGGGAAUAGUAUCACUAAAGUGUCCACUCCAACAAGUAACUACAAAUAUGUGCUCCCUUAAGGCCGUGACCUUUUUCCUCCUCGUGGGGACUGCUGUUGCUCAGUACAACUACCAGAAGCCAGAGCCUCCAAAGAACACUUAUCUCCCUCCAAAACCAGAGUCUGAAGCCAAUGUAGCUGCCGAAGGACUUGCCCCAGAGGCUGCUCACGAACCAGGAAUGCCCUUUGAUUUUUCUUACAAGGUCCAAGAGGAAGAUAUUGAUAACACUCAUCAAGCCCAAUCUGACGGAGAUGUUGUGAAAGGUGAAUACCGAACGCUCCUUCCCGACGGCAGGACCCAGAUCGUCCGCUACACUGCCGAUUGGAAAAAUGGCUACAACGCUGAGGUGAUUUACGAGGGAACUGCAUCAUACCCAGAGCCCAAGCCAAAAGCGAGAAAUCCUUAUGAAAAUCAAAGCAACAUCGACUCUGCUGGAAUUCGACCAACUCCUGGAUACAGCUACCAACCCCCAGCUCCAGCUCCAACCACUCGACGACCAGCCCCAACAACCAGACCACCACCCCCACCACCACCAAAGAAUCUUUAUGACACACCAAACCAAUCUUUUGGAGUUAGAAACAACCCCAAAUUCGGACAUGGAAAGUGAAAGCAGUGAAAGUCGUGUAUCUGCAUAAAUACAUAAUUAGUGAAAUGUGAUUUUUAUUAUCCGGACUGACCACGAUUGGCAUCCAUCUAAUUUGGUUUUAAAAAUUCCUACUUUAAUUUUACAUUUAUCGGAAAUCAAAAUCAAGAAGGUCAACCCAGCACUACAAUAACGUCCGAGACGUACUUUAUAACUAACUUACACGUACAUAUACUUGUACACAUACACAACAUAUUACGAAUAAUUUUAUAUUUACAUUUUUGUGUAAAAAUAAUAAAUACGACGACUUAGAGUUACUACGACCUCUA